UAAAUGCGUUGUCUUUCACACACCCUUGCCGGAUUAGCCGGAACCCCGGGGAAUCUUAUUCACAUGGAAACAAACAUGUCUUCAUUGUUAUUGGUCAUCAGCCAGUCUCAAUAAAUCCUUCCCCUUCCAUUUCAGCGUGAGGCAUGUCAUCAGCGCUUCUUCACACGUUCCUCACACAUCCUCAAGUCGCCAAGAGCUUUACAUGGGGAGAGCAUUGCAUAUUUUGGAAAACAUGUACAAUGAACUCAAAAUAGUAUUGAUUUUAUAGCGUUACCAAUCGGUAAAAAUCGACUCUGAAAAAGUUUUCAAUCGAGCGCAUUUUAGGUUUAGUGGGCAAACGAGCAGGAAGAGGCAUGAAACUCCACAGACCUUGGGACCAGACAGCAGAGGCAGAGUCAGACGAGAAGAACAAGGAUCACCAUCAUGAACACGGUCACCAUCCUCCCUGCUUGAGCAUUCAGAGUUUGACGUCCAGCUGGUACGUCGGACGCCGACCUCGGACUGCCUACACCAGCAGCCAAGUGAAUGUUCUGGAAGCAGUGUUUCAGGUCAACUCUUAUCCAGGCAUCCACCUGAGGGAACAUUUGGCCAGGAGCUUGGAUUUGGAUGAGGACCGCAUACAGAUAUGGUUUCAGAACCGACGGGCCAAAUUAAGACGAUCCCUCAGAGAAAGCCGACUAAGAAUGGUUCAAUCGGCCGUGGCUCAUCUUGGGAUGAAAGUCAUUGAUCAGCUGAGGAGAGAUGAUCUCAAGGUUGAAGUUGAGGAAUGACAUUUCUCCAUUAAUCCAUUCAUAUACAAACCACCAUUUAACUCAUAAUUAGUAAUAAUACAUACCUGUCAUGUUUUCUAACUGUUGUGUG